GCGACUGUGCGCAGGUGCCCCGCAACUGAAACUGUUGACAUUUACGGGGACAGUGCUCAAUCCACCCUUGUUUUGAAUUUUAUCUGUGAUUGUUUUCGGGGAGGAAUUUCGCGGGUGAGAACGGGUCAACUUAAUCGGAGAGAUGUCCGUGGACCAGGAUUUCGAGGCCGAGUGUAUGAGGGCCGAGCUCCUGGGUCUGCCGAAACCCGACAAGGAGAGCUUCGCAAUCAAUAAAAUUUCCCCGAGCACGCUGUGUAGCGACGACGAGGACGAGCAAACACACCCUAUCGACAACCGCUUUUUAGAGGAAAUCAAUUUAGAUGGUGAAAACAUAAAACAAGCUUCCGGUGGCCUAGAUGAAUUGAAUAACAUUUUGGCAGUGACACAAAAGAAACUCAACAAUUUCAAGUCAGCCUGCGGAAAUUUAAGCAAUCUACUAAAAAUUAGACUCAGAGGAUCCGAACCCAACUCAAAUGACGCCAGCCCGUGCCCUUCGCCAGCACCUACGAAGAAAUUUGACAACCAGAACUCAGGAGAGGGCGUGGAGCAAACGGCAUGCGCUAAUCCCAAUCCACCAGACACGAGGACUCAGUCUCAAAAGAGGAUGGACUUUGAUCGAGAAAUGAGCAACCAGGUAGAUAAAUUGGACUCGAUGCUUUCCAAGGCUGACAACGCUGUGUACUCAAUGUCCGCGCAAAACAAACAGAUGAAAAAAUUCUUGCAAUAGUCCACGAAUCGAUCAAAAUGCACGGUUUCAGCAUGGCGAGGUCAAAAUAUUUCCUAUCGGUACUAUAAUGGCUCACGUUUGGAGCAGCAUACAUGUUCACAACAUGAAGAGGUUCGAAUGUCUCCUAUCGGUGUUUCAAUGAUUUACGUGAAGAGUAAUAUACAUGUUUUCAGUUUGUAGAGGUCGGGAUAUCGACUGUCGGUACUGUUGUGGUUCACAUGAGAAACACUAUACAUAGAGGUUGAAUUAUUUUUUGCUGGUGGUUCACAUGCUAGGGAAUACACAUGGUUUCAGCAUUAAAACGUUGGAAUAUUUUUUAUCAGAGCCGCAAUACUUUACGUACCGAGCACUAUACUGAGUUUCAGAUAAGAGGAAGUUUACGAUAUGUUUUAUCAGAACUGUACUGAUUUAUUACGUAGGAGCAAUAUACGUAUAACAGUUCUAGUAUAGAAAGUUUUGGAAUGUAUAUUAUUGGAACUAUACUGAUUGAUUAGGUACCGAGCAAUAUGCUUACAUAGUUUCAGCACAGAGAGGCUUGGUAUAUAUAUAUAGAACUAUAAUGAUUUACAUGCUCAGCAAUAAACGCAAUAUCAGCAUGGAGAGUCGGAUUAUUUCUUAUUGGAACUAUAAAGUUUAAAAACUGAGAAUAUAUCGCCUGUGAAACUGCAAAAAUUCGUAUCUGGGUUGGAAAGUGCCGAAAUCCACACACCUAUUUUAUUUUUUAAAAGAAGACGGAAUCAACAUCGUUGCUUGAAAUUUGCACAGCAAAUUUUCAAAAAAUGACGCUCAGUUGUUUAUCAUGUAGAAAAUAAAGUAUGGUAGGAUGUCUGCAACGCCGCAAACCGAGAUAUGAAUUUCUGCUGUUUCACCAUCAAUAUGCAGUUGUGGCAUGGAGGGGUGGAAACACAGUAGCGAGGCGUGAAUGAUCGAUUUUCGAUAUUUCCCCAUUUGAAGCUGCGGUAAAGAAUCGAUUAUUAAGGUGUUCGUAGCGAACACCCUGUUGAUCGAUCCUUUUCCAUAGCUGUAAAUGGUAGAUCAAUCGAUAUAUCGCAAAGCACGCCGCGCCACUGUGGAAACAUCCGAAUCAGAAUUGUGAUAAUCUACAUAAUUAGUAGUAUAAACGCUUUUGGCAUCAUGAGAUCGAAGUACUUCUUUAUGGAACUGUAAUAUCUCAUAAACCAAGCGACUCAGUUGCAACAUGGAGAGGUCAAAUUUUUCUUACCAUAGUCAUGAAAGUGUCCCGGUAAGCAAGUAGUACGUAUUUUAAAAUAGAAUCACCAUGUCGAUAUGCAAUUUUUGCUCAACGCGGCAAAAAAACAUAAACAAAGAGAGAAUCUGUGAUAGAGUUCAUACUGGCAACAGUAAUUCCAGAUGCACCUCACGUAGGGAUAAUUUUUGAGUACUUGAUAAAAUAAACACAAGUGUGCCUGUAACGUAAGUAGUUCCGGCUUCAGCAGCAAUAAUAGGGAUUAUCCGAGUUGUGCAUUCGAGCAAUGCAUAUGCUUCAGUCCCCAUUUUGUGCAAUGUUUAGCUCUCUUAUUGAUACUGUCGUGCUAGAGAAGAGCUCCGCAUGGACUUUCGAACAUUGCCUCUCCCUUUAUAAAAUACGAAUUUUCCGGGAAACUUCUUAAUAUUUUUCUUCUAAUUUUCCAGAGAGUUUAGUUUGCAUUUUAAUCGGAAGUAUCUGAUGAUUUAAAGGAAAAAUAUUCAUAAGUCUUCUUAAAAAUGAACAUAUUACUGUGGGAAAGGCAACAUUUGAAGGUUUUCUCAGCGUUUUUCCUCAUCGUGGCAGUAAAGGUCUUGGCCACUCUAUAAUUGUACCGCGUUUGUCAGAAAGGAACCAAGCCACAUCAGCUCUUGUCAGAUUUAAAAGAGCAAUUUAAUUUUUUAAGAAGACGUUGGUGGGGAUGCUUUUGCGAAUUUUAAUGAAUUUGUUUCGUACUAUGCAGAAAAUUUACUGACAUUUGCACAGAGAUCUGCAAAACCGUUAUCAUGUACAACUUUAACAUCCAUCGAACAUUUAUUUAAUUGCAAGAAAAUUGGAAACGUCUGAAGGUUCAUACGACUUUCUUCCUUAGCCUCGCAGAAUUAAAGAUAUAAUAUUCCUUAAAACCUAAAGUCUCCCCGCUUAACAGUGUUUACUCAAGUAUAAUCGAUGCGAGACUUAUGUAUCUUGUUUUAUUAAUCCAGCGAAUUUGGUGCUGUCUAUUACGAAACCUCCUCCACGCUAUUGCAUCACUAUGGCCGUAAUACUUUUUUUUAUUAUUUUUGGAAGUAUCAAAGGCAAUAUACAUUUUCAUUUGACUGAAUUCAACGAUUAAAUUCAAAUAUGAUAUUUUUUAUUCAAAUGUUAAUCAUAUUUUAAUAUCAUUAUUAUAUACUUUAAUUGAAACACCAUUUCCAUUUUUUGUGCAUUGUAGUUUUUGUGUUUUGAAUUUGAUGUGUUAAGAGAAGUGAAUCAGGUUGACAUUGUUGUACCUUUUUCUCGAUUUCGUUGAUUUCAUACUGAUUUAUUUUAAUACCCCAAAAUGUAGCGUGAUUUGAAGCUAAUCAUAUAGAAUAUAAUUUUUUCCCGAUCUGCUGUUGACUAUUUUUUAAUUGGAUUUGUUCUGAAAUAAUUGAUUAAAUAAAAGCAAUUGUUAAGAAGUA